GGCUUGCUUAGUCGAAAGGUUGUCUUCUGAAGACAGAAUCAUCUCUCGCUUUGGUAAUAUUAACGACAGUGGUGAAAUCAUAGACUUGCUCCGAGUUUAAACAGAAGUGACGUUUUAUCCGACACGUUGGGACAUGCCAUCUGACUUUGUCACGUAGCUGUAAAGUAAGCCUCGUGAGGACAACAACCCGUCGGUGGUCAGCAAGCUAACAGGCGUUAGCACCGCAGAUCUCUCACUUUCUCCUCCAUUUCGUCUGCGUCUGUCACCGGCCUUUAGAUUCUGUCACCAGGUCCAGUCCGUGGUUUUGCCAGGAGAGGAUGAACUGGCUUUUCCCCUUGUCCAAAGGCUCCGGACCUCACCCUCCUCUGAACAGCUUACAGCAACAAAAACAGCGGCAGAUCGAGUCUCUCAAAGCUGCUCAUCCGAGCCUCGCAGAGAUCCAGAAAGAUGUCGAGUACAGAAUACCAUUCACAGUCAACAACUCCACCAUUAGUGUUAAUGUUCUGCUGCCUCCUCAGUUCCCCCAGGAGAAGCCGGUGGUUAGCGUCUACCCCCCUGUUGGUCAUCAUUUAGUAGACAGCAAUAAUGGCACCAUUAUCACCAGCCCCCUCAUCAAUAAUUUUGGGAUGCACUCAGAUCUGGGUAAGGUCAUUCAGAGUCUGCUGGAUGAGUUCUGGAAGAGUCCACCUGCCUUGAUGUCCAGUGGCCCUGCUGGCUUUCCAUACAAUAUGUACAAGCCUCCUUACCCCACUCAGGCUUUCCACUAUGGAUCUCGCCACAUGGGUCCCAGUCACACGCCGCCUGCUGGUCCAGGCCCAGCUCCGUGUCCAGCUCCCAUGCCUCACCCUGGGGCUGAAAGUGCCCAUGGACACCCUCGAGCUCCAGCCCCAUAUGGACUGAUUUCUGACCUGCCACUGCCUGUUCCCACCGGAGACUCCCAGGCUGGACUGAACGGACACAUGUACAAGAUGCCUGAGAUUCCCGAGUCUUUUCCUGAACUCACUGACAUGAAUUUAAUGCAGUUGUCAAGCAUGUCUGAAAACGAGGACGUGUUACUGGAGUUCUUUGUGAGUUUGCCACAACUCAAGCAGAUCACCAAUGAUAAAGAAGAACUUGUCACCAGUAUAGUGGACAUGGCGAAGAAAAACCUUCAGAUGGAGCCACAGCUCGAAGGAAAAAGACAAGAAAUGCUCUACAAGUACGAACAGCUGACCCAGAUGAAAUCGGCCUUUGAGACAAGGAUGCAGCGACAGCAUGACCUCAGUGAGAGUUGCAGUCUUAGUACUUUACAGGCUCGGUUAAAAGUUGCAGCCCACCAGGCUGAGGAGGAGUCAGAGGAGACAGCGGAAAACUUCCUGGAGGGACGCACAGACAUCGACGAAUUUCUGACCAGCUUCAUGGAGAAAAGAACGCUUUGCCACAGCAGAAGAGCCAAAGAGGAAAAGUUGCAACAGUCUAUCAACACACAUGGACCGUUUCCUACCAGCCACUAGAACACAAGGUUUGAUGUUUUCUCAGCCAACUGCUGCCAACUAAAAAGGAUAAAGACAUUUGAGGGGACAAAAAGCACACUGAGUCAACAAUGGGCACUUUGGAGAAACACGAAUAUGACGAUCGCAGUGCUGGGCUUGAAAAAAUAAAGAGAGGAAAAGAAGAAAAAGCCUGCUGUGCCCAGAUUUGAGCUAACAAAGCCCGGUGACGUUUGAUGGAGAAGCUGUCGAGUCACCACAAGAGGCCAAAACUGGGAGAAGGAGUAAUUUGCCUGGCCUUUACUACCACAUUACUAAGGAUUGAUUACACAGUGGAUAAUCUCCAUUGCACAUGCUCUUUGUCCAGUUUUGACUUGACGGAAAGAAUUUUGUUUCUUUCUAGAAUUUAUGUUGCUCACUAAGAGAAAUGCCAGUGGUUGGUGAAUUGAACACAUUUGGAAGAUAGUACAAGUUGUUAAGGACAAUAUUCCCAAACUUUUCCAGGCAGUGAGUAAGAAAAUGUCACUAUGAAGUAAUUGUUAAAAUGCUGAUGCUGGAGUCUGUGUUUGCUGUCUCUGAGAUCACUGUCAUGUCCUUCCUUUAUUAUUCGAGAAAGGUCCUACUGCCUACUGGACAGAGAGAGGAAAUACAUUUGCACUGCAAAUCUCCUGUUUACAUUGGAAAGGUUGGUCUAGACAUUUUCAUGUAAUUCAGUAAGAAUAGUGUUACUUUAACAAGUCAAGAUAAUCUCUCCAACAGGAGGCAAGGACGGGACAGUGUUGUCAGGAGACCUUAAGCUUGGGCUGUUGUCACUCUUUGCAGACAGUAGGUGGUCCUUCAUCAAGUUGGUGGGUGUCCCCUUAAGUAAUAUCUUGAACACAGCCUCAAAAUCAGUGUGUUUGUGCAAGCGCUCAUAAUUCGAUAAACUUCCCAGGGUAAUAAUCUGACUUUUUUCACAGUGUUGACACCAUAACAGAAUUCACAUAUGUACUGUACAUCAAAAUCACAGUCACCACAAUCCAGAUGACAAAGUUGAUCAGUUUGCAAACAUAUUAGGUAAACUGGUGUCAGCAGAAUGACACAAACCAGGUAAACGGUUUAAUCACACUCUUACCUAAAUGCUUUUUACAUGAAUUAAGUUGUUUGUGUUCAUGGAAACAUACUGAUCAAUAUCAGCACCUGGAUGUUUUCUGACACCUUUUGAACUGGACAAUUUUUGACGCAGAUUUGGGAUACUGUUUGGGAAUAUUAGGUUAAAUGCUACAGUAAUGCUCGAUGACAUUGGAUACUGUAUUUAAAUAAUGUUAAUAAUAGGCUAUAUUGUAAUCGAAGACUCAGACACCUUGUAUUAUAUGUUCUUAUUUAAUUUGUUAGAGUAAUAAAGCAUUUAGAAUAAA